AUGGGUAUCAGAAGGUUUUCGCCGCGACAGAUCGAGAAGGGCUACCCGACGAAGUGUUUGCCACAGCGGGCGAGCCGGGUGAUGACAACGAGGCCGAGCAGCUUUCCGAUGCCGGCACAUGGGUGGAUGAUGAAAUCUUCGAGGCCUUUGCCGCCACCAGUCUGGGCCACUGUGCUGGUGAUGCUGCUUGCGGAAAAAGGAGGCAGAGGCAGCCCGAAGAAAGACAAUGGCAAGGGAAAUCCGAGCCGCAAGGGCGGGCGCAGCUCGAAGGGCAAAGCCUACUUGGCCGGAGAUUCUUCUUUGCACGUCAGCUUGAACGACGGUGAGGAGAACGGGUUAUGCGAUAUGAUCCUGGACAAAAGACGCGCGGGCGACACCGAGUUGGAUGCCAAGCGUAAGCAUGCAACCCCAAAGGCGCACUUGGAGGCCAGUGCCAGCAGCACGGCUGAGUGGGAGUUUGUUGGGAAGCUCCCUCCUUUCCGAUCGAGAAGGGAGGCCACGACUUCGAGGACAGCACGGCCGGCCGGUGGACGUCGAGGACAAGGUGAUUCGGUUUGCUGGGGUAUCCAAACCUUACCAGGCAUGGCCCGUCAGCUCAGUCCCAUGGCCGAUGACCCCGGUGCCGAGGCCAAUGGGAGGGAGGCAAAGAGGCAGAAGGUGACCAGCAGCGAGACCGCGAGCUUCGCCAUCGAGCACUUUGACUCCGUUCGAACUGCAAAGCUUCCGAGAACACUGGAAGAAGGGCAGAAGCUGAGCGAGGUUACGGAGGAGCAGCAGCAGCUGUUCACGGGCCCGGGCGGUUCAGACGAGCGUGAGUGGAAGGGAGCAAAGAGCAGGUUGGUGGUCCAGGGCUUUAAGGACAAGGCCUUGGGACAGUUUCGCCGAUACGCUCCGACUGCAAGCGCCGUCGCCGAAAGCAUUUGUUUGGCACUUCGUGCAAGCAAAGGUUUCUUGCUCUUCGCAAAGGACAUUAAGAACACCUGUUUCAGCGGGAAGGGGGUCGUGAGAUCUACCUCGACCCGCCUCGAGGAGGACAUCAUGGCCUCGCAGCUGAGAUGCGACCUGGAUGGAGUGGCACAGCGUGUUAAGCAGGAUGCGCGGGUCGCAGACUUGAUCCGCUGGAAGCAGUUCAUUGCUGUGAAGGCCGACGACUGGAUCAUAGUGCACUUGGAAGUGAUUUGCGAGAUUGGCCGGAGGAUAGUGCAAUGGAAUCUCAACUGCCUGUGUGGCAUCGACGGGCAGAGUCCCCAACGAGCUGCAGACGUGAUCAAAGUGCUGGCGCCGUGCAACGCAGAUGUGCUGGUGCUUCAAGAGAUGCCACGCGGUCCUGCCCAAAGUUGGUGGUGGGAACCGUGGCGAUCCACUUUCCCAGCUGAAGAAAUGCGCGCUUUGGAAACAGGUCUACAAGAACUUGGGUAUCAGACUCAGCUGAGAAGCAGUUGUUUCAGCUCUACGCUUCUUUGCACCAGAUUGACCGUGGUUGCGGUAUCGGAGGCCAGCCUGGAUUCGGAGCAUGAUUUCCGGAUGCCAGAAGAUCGCGCUGCACUGCUCGUUUCCCUCCGCCUAGAGGCUGAUGCCGACAGCCUCAUUGUCACUAUUUGUGCGACACACUUCCAUCACCAGAACUUCACGGUGAACGACAAGGGGGUCCGGAAAGCAGAGGCUGAGCUGCUUCUGCGCCAUUGUGCCACCAACACCCCCAGUGACAGCCAGUGCACACUGAUGGUGGCUGACUUCAACCAGGCACGACGUGGCGACUACUCCGCCGAGGAGUGGUCCGUCAUCUCUGCAGGUCUUCAUUCCAUUAAGGAGCCCGAGGACGACGGAGUCGCAGAGCUACUCACUUCACAGGGCUGGGUUUGCGCUUACGACAUUGCCGCGGAGCGGAAUUGGCGAGGCGCUUCACCCCCAUUCACCCACUGGACAGGCACGACAGUCGACUAUACGUACAUGCUGGCUCCAGCAGACCGCGCGAAGGUGUCUGCACACCUCUUGCACAGCGAUGUUUCGGAUCAUCUGCCAAUCAUGACGCAUGUGAGCUUCUGA